CAAACUACGACAAAGUGCUCUGCGAGCGCCGUCCUCAAUCGAGACCCACCAGAAAUUAUCAUUGCAUCCUCUUUCGACAAAGUCUCAACAUGGCUGAAGGUGGUGGUAUCGACCGCAAGGCGGAUGAGAGGAUGGAAUUCAACACCUCCAAAGAGGUCACCGUCCACCCUACCUUCGAGUCUAUGUCCUUGAAGGAGAGCCUUCUUCGUGGAAUCUAUGCAUACGGAUACGAGUCCCCCUCAGCCGUCCAGUCCCGCGCCAUCGUCCAGGUCUGCAAAGGCCGCGACACCAUCGCCCAGGCCCAAUCCGGUACAGGUAAAACAGCGACCUUUUCGAUUAGCAUGCUCCAGGUCAUCGAUACCGCCGUCCGCGAGACACAGGCGCUCGUACUCUCCCCGACUCGUGAGCUCGCGACCCAGAUCCAGAGCGUCGUCAUGGCGCUGGGCGACUACAUGAACGUGCAGUGCCACGCCUGUAUUGGAGGGACGAACGUGGGCGAGGACAUCCGCAAGCUGGACUAUGGCCAACAUAUCGUCUCGGGAACACCUGGUCGCGUGGCUGACAUGAUCCGGCGCCGACAUCUGCGCACGCGCCACAUAAAGAUGCUCGUGCUCGACGAGGCAGACGAGCUGCUCAACCAGGGCUUCAGAGAGCAGAUCUACGACGUGUACCGAUAUCUCCCUCCCGCAACGCAGGUCGUGGUCGUAUCCGCCACGCUUCCGUACGAUGUGCUCGACAUGACGACCAAGUUCAUGACCGACCCAGUGCGCAUCCUCGUCAAGCGUGACGAGCUGACACUGGAAGGCCUGAAACAGUAUUUCAUCGCUGUGGAGAAGGAGGAGUGGAAGUUCGAUACGCUUUGCGAUCUCUAUGAUACCCUCACGAUCACGCAAGCCGUCAUCUUCUGCAACACGCGGCGCAAGGUCGACUGGCUGACUGAUAAGAUGCGGGAGGCCAACUUCACCGUCAGCAGCAUGCACGGCGACAUGCCACAGAAGGAGCGAGACAGCAUCAUGCAGGACUUCAGGCAGGGCAACAGCCGGGUGCUCAUCUCGACGGACGUCUGGGCUCGCGGGAUCGACGUCCAGCAGGUCAGCCUUGUCAUCAACUACGACCUGCCCAGCAACCGUGAGAAUUACAUCCACCGCAUCGGUCGUUCGGGCAGAUUUGGUCGCAAGGGUGUCGCAAUCAACUUUGUUACCAGCGAGGAUGUGCGCAUCUUGAGAGAUAUCGAAUUGUACUACUCCACCCAGAUCGAUGAAAUGCCCAUGAACGUGGCGGAUCUGAUCUCUUGAGACAGCAGCAGCCGAUGUGGGAUGGAUGACCCGGUGGACGUCCAACAACAUCCGUGCGCCCUGAGACGAGUUCAGCUGAUGGAGUAUCGUCCGAGAACGAGACCAGCAACUGCAGGCGCAGGCAAACGAGAUUGGCGCCAAGAAUGCGACGCGAUGAUGGUACUAUGGGAGGAAAGGGCCUCUUGCCUUCAAAAUACAACUAUUUUCACAGCCCAGGCCCAGGAAGGGGGUUACGGGCCAUGAAUAUUACGAGACCCAACCUGAUUGGUUUAAUGAAACUCAAAAUUUCUGAUAC